AUGAGCCCAAACAUAUCCGUUCAUUGUUUAUCUCUGCUCUUUAUGCUUCAUCUUAUUGGAGCCAAACCCGUUUCUGAUCUACAGAGUUUGAAGCAGCUUCUAGAAGAGGAGGUUAACAUCGCGCCAUACUACUCUUCGGAAGAGAUGGAGGUGCAGGGGAGCGAUGGAAACCCAGAUAAGGCGGUGUACGGAGCUCCAGAUGAGCAGCCGUGGGACUCCUCCGACCCCAACAACUCUGCGCUGGCGGCGAAGCAAACCGUCCUUACGCGUCUCUUCAAAGACCUCGUGAGAACCUCCAAGCGCUCGUGGAGCCGGUAUAAGAAAGGCGGGCUGAGGAGCUGCUUCGGUGUCCGGUUAGAUAGGAUCGGCUCCUUCAGCGGGCUGGGAUGCUGA